AUGAAGGACGUUGAUCAAUUAAGCGUGUGUCUCCGAUGGAUGGUAUCAGGGACAGAAAGCCGCGAUGUACAUACGUCCAUCUCUCCCUUUCUCCCGUUAUCGCUCUCUCUCUCCGUCCUUCGGCGGGCAGUUCCUCUUCUUCUUGCAAGGUUAAGGUUACGUCAGACGUGUUAUGUUAUAACCGUUGGGGCUCAGUGCGGCAAGUUCAGUGUCUUGACGAGAGUGGCCGCGACAACUGAUCGCGCGCUUCCCAAAGACUGUGCAACAACGCCUGUGAUAUACGAACAGUGA